AUGAAGUUCACAUGGAGCAUCGCCAGCGCGGCUCUGCUGGCCACCCGCGCCCAGUGCGAGAUCCUUUGGGAUGGUCGCUUCAACGACAUGACCGCUGCCACUGACCUCGACAAGUGGUCCUGGAGCAGCCAGGUCGGCUCCUACCAGUACUACAUCCACGGUUCCGGCGCCGCCACCGACUACGUCAACCUCUCCUCGGACUUCAAGAACCCGGCCGACACGGGCUCCAAGCAGGGUGCCAAGAUCUCACUGACCAGCACCUCCUUCUGGAACGGCCAGACCAUGCGCCGCACCGAGCUGAUCCCCCAGACCACCGCCGCCAUCGGCAAGGGCAAGCUCUUCUACCACUUCUCCCUGAAGCGCAGCGACACCAACGCCCCGUCCCUGAACAAGGAGCACCAGAUCGCCUUCUUCGAGAGCCACUUUGUCGAGAUGAAGUCUGGCUGGCAGAGCGGCGCCACCGGCACCGAGGACCCCCUCCUCCGCUGGGUCGUCGACGGCAAGACCGAGUGGAGCGUCAACUGGGACGCUGACGUCUGGCACAACGUCGCCUACGAGAUCGACUUUGACGGCGGCUCCGUCGGCUUCUGGCACUCCACCGGCGCCGAGGCCCUGACCCAGGUCGUCGCCCCCGUCACUGUCUCCGCCUCCAGCAACGGUGCCGACUGGCACGUCGGUGUCCUCGAGCUCCCCCGUGACGGCUACGCCGAUGAGACUGAGGACUUCUACUUCUCCGGCGUCUACAUUGAGGACGGCGACAUCACCAAGGCCGUCGGUUCCGGAUCUUCCGAUGCCGGCUCCUCCGCCCCUGCUUCCUCUGCCGCCCCCGCUGCCACCUCGGCCGCCGCCUCCUCCGCUCCCGCUGCUGCCGCCCCUACCACCAGCGCUGCC